AUGCGUCGAUGUGCGUGUCGCUAUUGGAACACUCUCACUCUCUUGCUUUAGAUCGUCAAGGCGAAUCGACGCAGUCCACCUGUCUUUGUACCUCGUGUGUUAUCGUACAAGUGUGAAAAUAAAGCUCUUUGAAAUUAAUACUAUUUACGAGCUAGUAUCAUUCCGGUCAUGCAAGUUCGAACGUAGAAUAUAGUGUUUUUUUCUGGAAAAGUAUGUCAAACAGAUGGUUAUUGUGAUUAGGCGUUGUGCACCAUGUUGUUGUCAUGUAAGACGAAAUCUCGGCACUGUUAUCUGGGAUGAUCUCCUAAUAUAUGUGUCACCUACCAAGCAAUGACUCAGCAAACCGUGGCGGAGCUCGCACCACAUAGAUAAUAAUUGUGAAACUAUGAGUAUCAUCAGCAUGUUCCAAACAUGACGUCGUGUUCCCGUGUUGUAGAGCUUGGUACAUGAAAUCUGUUUGUACGUUCAGCAAACGGAGAUGAUGCACGACGGACAGCGAGAGGGCCGGGAGGGACAAACAUUGCGCGGGAUAAUGUACGAUAACAACGGUCCGUAUCCCGCUAGGGCCGUAAAUUGCUCAAGCAUGUGUCAGGGUCCAUCAAGGAAGGCCUGUCUCGGGUGACGACCAGCUGUGUUCUUGUAGCAUGAAGGCUUAACGGGGCUCAAAGGUCGCACAGGUACUGCGGGCGGUGUGCGCUAACAGAUAGCAGAGUGGAGUGGAUGAUGCCUGCGUGAAACGACACAAACGGCUUAACUGGCAGUUUGCAAAAUUGCUCAAUUAACGUAUCUAACGAGCUGAAACGAAGUUCAAAAGAACAUCGCAUCGUUUGUUCGGCGUUUGUGUUUGAUAAAGUUGUUCCUCGGCAAAAAAUGGAAAAAUCUACAAGAUACCGAUGUGUUUGAAUAUUUGAUCGUAUGAUGUUCUUGGACUUCCGCGUACCUUUGCCCAUCUUUGUCGUAAAAUGAUGAACGAUUUGGUACAAAACUACCGGUUCACCUUGAAUUGUUAUUGCCAAACCUGUUGUCGUGCUAAUAGUUCCUACUUUUUUUUCCUCGUUACAAUCCAUCCCACUGGUCAAGUGGUCGCAAACUGCAACACGCGAUCAACCCUGGUACAAUCUCGCUUCGCGAUCUGGUUUUUCCAGAUUUUAUGCUUCCCGCACACGGUAAAAAGAACGGGGUAAACAGAUGGGUCCAGUGUCCCACCUAUCCGGCACGAGAUACUGGUGAGGGACUGCAGAUUACUGAGUCUGGUCGUUCUCCGGCUUUGUCGGACAGCCCUCCCUCCUGCUGACAUGCCCUAUCGCGUGGCCCUAUCGUCCACUGUCGAUUACGCAGUUUUCCUCGUUCAUUCACAGCUAGAACGGAGGCUGAUCCUUCACCACGCCACCUCCAUCGUCUGCUCCAUAGAAUCGCAUGUGUGCUCGCGUGCGUGCUGCAAAGCCAAGCCAGUUAAUACUUCAACGGCCCCACGAGACGAAGCUCGCCUCAGUCGGUUGCAGUGCGUUGCCCGGAACAGAUGCCAGCCUUUGGCCCGCGCUCGAAGUGCUCACAAUCAACACAAUGGAUAGCAAAGGCGAACGGCGCGGUCAACACUCGUACUACGAUCCGGUGACCCACAUCUGGACCGGUUUGUCGACGCCACCGCUCUUCAACACCAAUCAAAGCCUCGGCCAGCUGGUGCUGGGCGUGCUGCAGCGGUGCGACCCGGCGCAGGUUACCCAGAUCAGCGACGAUGGCGGCCGCACGGUGACCUGCCGCGAGAUGUACCUGCGCACGGUGCGCAUCGCCGAACGGCUGGCCCAGCUCGGCUACGGCAAGCAUACGCCGAUGGCUGCGCUGGCGUCCCGCAACGGCGAACACGUCGCACCGGUCGCAUUUGCCUGCUUUGCCCUCGGCAUCCCAAUCAACACGCUCGACACGGCUUUCAACGUGGCCGACUUUACGCACAUGUUCGGCGUCACCCGGCCGGCGCUGGUGUUCUGCGAGAGCGACAUCCUGGAGGUGGUGCGCGAAGCGGCCCAGCGUGCCGCCAUCGCGCCCGAGAUUGUGCUGUUCGAGGAGCGCACCGCGGGCUACCGGCACGUGCUGGAUCUGCUGGAGCCCACCGGUACCGAGGAUUCAUUCGUACCCACCAACCUGGACGACCCUACCACCCACGUGGCCGCGGUGCUGUGCUCCUCCGGCACAACCGGCCUGUCCAAAGGCGUAACCUACACGCACACGUUUUGCAUCGCCAACCUGCCGUCCCUGUGGCGGAUGGCGCCGACGGAUUGUCUGCUCGCCUUCAGCUCGCUCUACUGGCUGUCCGGCUUUGCCUCGCUCAUCAUCGGCACGGUCUCGCAGGCGGCCCGCGUCAUCACCCGGGCACCGUUCACGCCCACGCUCGCGCUCGAUAUGCUGCAGCGCCACCCGGUGACGAUCGCGUUCUUCUCGCCCUUCCAGUCGAACCUGCUCGUGCACGAGCCACUGCUCGCGCAAACGCCGCUGCCCGCGCUGCGCCUGUUCCUGUGCGGUGGGGCACGCGUUUCCAAGCAGCUGUACGCGGCGCUGCAGCGCUGCCUGCCGUCCCACACGCGCAUCCAGAUCGGGUACGGCAUGUCUGAGUCCUGCCUAGUGACGCUGACCGACGGUAACAGUUACCGGGACGAUUGUGUCGGUACGCUGCAGGCCCGGGUCGAAGCACGCAUCGUCGACGAUGGGCUGGACCAGUGUGGGCUGGCGCCGGACGAACCGGGCGAGAUCAUGCUGCGCGUGCAGAUUCCUUUCGCCGGGUAUUAUGGCAACCCGGACGCCACGGCCGAGCUGAUGAGUCCGGACGGCUGGAUCCGGACCGGCGACAUCGGCUACUUCGACCGGGACGGCCAUCUGUACGUGAUCGAUCGCAAGAAGGACAUCAUCAAGUACGCCGGCAACCAGAUAUCGCCGACCGAGCUGGAAGUGCUCGCCAAGCAGCUGACCGGCGUGCUGGACUGCUGCGUCGUGGGCGUACCGGACGAGGGCACCGAUUUGCCGGCCGCGUUGGUUCUGCGCGAACCGGGCGCCACUGGCGCAGCGCUUACCGCCGACCAGGUGCGCCAGUUUGUGGACGAACGCGUGUCUGCCCACAAGCACCUCCGGGGCGGGGUUUACUUUACCGAGGAAAUGCCCCUGACACCGUCCGGCAAGAUUGUGCGCCGCAAGUGUUUGGAAAUUGUACAAAAGGCGCGCCAAAGCAAACAGUAGAACGAGUGUGGCUUGGCGAGGUUUUAGAAUCGUGUAGAAUUGAUUUUAUAGUAACUUAUUGUUAAUACCGUAAAAUGGGAAGCGUCUGCUUGUACGCAGACAUAUUUUACCUUCACUAGAAACGUUUAUAUUUGAAAAAAUAAAUAAAAAAAAUACAUUUAUCUAUUUA